AUGACCAUCAACACAAGGUCUUUGGUGUUGCCGUCCGUAAAGCCUCAGCACUCUGCAGCUCUUCCAGUGCUGAUGUUUCCACGCUCUUCCAAAGGGCUGAAGAGGCAGAAAAGGGACUGGCUCAUUCCCCCCAUCAACUUCCCAGAGAACGACAGAGGCCCCUUCCCCAAACAGAUGGUGCAGAUCAGAUCCAACAACGAUAAGGAAGUGCCGGUGCAUUACAAAAUCACUGGGCCUGGGGCAGAUCAGCCCCCUGUUCAGCUGUUCAAAAUUGACCGAGGCUCUGGCUGGCUCAGUGUCACACAGCCUUUGGACCGAGAGAGGCAAGAUAAAUAUAAACUCUUUGCUCACGCUGAAGUAGUGGGUUCAACUGCUGCAGCCGAGGAUCCCAUGGAAUUUAUCAUCUCUGUGAUCGAUCAGAACGACGAGAAACCCAAAUUCACUGAAGAAACCUUUCUUGGCGAGUUAGUUGAAGGAUCCCAAGCAGGUUUCGAAUUUAUGAAGGUGACCGCUGUUGAUCUAGAUGAACCUGGUUCAGCUAAUUCUGACAUUAGAUACAGAAUUGUGAGCCAAGACCCAGAGAGUCCAUCACCAAAUAUGUUCUUUAUUAACCCUAUAACUGGAGGGAUCCAACUGAAGUCAGAGGGGCUGGACAGAGAGAACUUUCCUCAAUAUACAUUGGUAAUUAGCGCUGCUGAUAUGGAGGGGAAAGGCCUCUCAACCACCUGCAAAGCAAGCAUCACAGUAACCGACAGCAACGACAACGCUCCUCAGUUUGUCGAAUAUUCAUACACAGUGACUGUGCCUGAGAAUGCAGUGGGUGCCCUAGUGGUGAAAAUGCCAGUGACUGAUGGGGAUGAACCUUACACACUAGCCUGGUCAACUAAAUACAAGAUUAUUGAAGGAGACAACGGAGGGUUCUUCAAUGUUACCACUGGACCCAGCAAGCUGGAGGGCAUUAUUACUACAGUCAAGGGCCUUGAUUUUGAGAAGAACGCAAAGUACACCUUGUUGGUCACCGUGGAGAACGAUGCCCCUUUUGUCACCAAUCUGCCCACCUCCACUGCCACAGUUAUUGUGAACGUGGAGGAUGUGAACGAGGCCCCAGUGUUUAAUCCAGUUGAGAAGGUGGUCAUUAAACCAGAGAACCUGGAAACUGGAGCUGACAUAAUUGCAUAUACAGCAACUGACCCUGACACGGCAAAAAAUCAGAAAAUGUGGUAUAAAUCGGGCGAUGAUCCAGCUGGAUGGCUGAACGUCAAUAGAGAGACUGGACUUAUCAAAGCGAGGAGCCCCAUGGAUAGAGAAUCUCCCUUUGUCAAAGGGGGCAGAUACCGGGCCCUCAUCCUGGCCAUUGAUGAUGAUGAUGUCCCUGCAACGGGAACCGGGACUCUGCUGAUCGAGCUGGAAGAUGUAAAUGACAACGCUCCCACAAUCAAGGAGAGGGAGAUCAUGAUCUUCGCAUUUUCUUUCAUUUAUUCACUGAUUUUAAAAGUACAGCCGACCGAACGUUCCCGAGUGGCAUACUUCACCCUCUUCAAAUCAGCCAUGAAGAGGGUCUUCGACCGGGCUGUUUCGGGACCUGCUGCCACACGUCGAUUCUUUUGCAUCUGCCAGGUGAACAAGGGGGUCCUGAUGGGUGCCACCAUGGAUCCAUCCCCCUCAGCCUCCUGUUCCACCCUGCUCGCCAUCACCUCCUGGGAGAGGGGUGAUGACUUUAAGCCCAACUCUGAUGGCCCAAAGAAGAUGUCCACAGACACAGUGAUUCGUGAACCUGGAGACAGUCAGCAUGACCAUCAACACAAGGUGGGCAGUAUCACUCCUGUGCAGCCUCAGCACUCUGCAGCUCUUCCAGUGCUGAUGUUUCCACGCUCUUCCAAAGGGCUGAAGAGGCAGAAAAGGGACUGGGUCAUUCCCCCCAUCAACUUCCCAGAGAACGACAGAGGCCCCUUCCCCAAACAGAUGGUGCAGAUCAGAUCCAGCAGGGCUAAGGAAGUGCCGAUGCAUUACAAAAUCACUGGGCCUGGGGCAGAUCAGCCCCCUGUUCAGCUGUUCAAAAUUGACCGAGACUCUGGCUGGCUCAGUGUCACACAGCCUUUGGACCGAGAGAUGCAAGAUAAAUAUAAACUCUUUGCUCACGCUGAAGUAGUGGGUGAAACUACUGCGGCCGAGGAUCCCAUGGAAAUUAUCAUCUUUGUGAUCGAUCAGAACGAUGAGAAACCCAAAUUCACUGAAGAAACCUUUUUUGGCAAGUUAGCUGAAGGAUCCAAAGCAGGUUUCGAAUUUAUGAAGGUGACCGCUGUUGAUCUAGAUGCACCUGGUUCAGCUAAUUCUGACAUUAGAUACAGAAUUGAGAGCCAAGACCCAGAGAGUCCAAAACCAAAUAUGUUCUUUAUUAACCCUAUAACUGGAGGGAUCCAACUGAAAUCAGAGGGGCUGGACAGAGAGAACUUUCCUAAAUAUACAUUGGUAAUUAGCGCUGCUGAUAUGGAGGGGUAUGGCCUCUCAACCACCUGCAAAGCAAGCAUCACAGUAACCCACAGCAACGACAACGCUCCUCAGUUUGUCCAAAAUUCAUACACAGUGACUGUGCCUGAGAAUGAGGUGGGUGCCCUAGUGGUGAAAAUGCCAGUGACUGAUGGGGAUGAACCUCACACAUCAGCCUGGUCAACGAAAUACAAGAUUAUUGAAGGAGACAAUGGAGGGUUCUUCAAUGUUACCACUGGACCCAGCGAGCUGGAGGGCAUUAUUACUACAGUCAAGGGCCUUGAUUUUGAGAAGAACGCAAAGUACACCUUGUUGGUCACCGUGGAGAACGAUGCCCCUUUUGUCACCAAUCUGCCCACCUCCACUGCCACAGUUAUUGUGAACGUGGAGGAUGUGAACGAGGCCCCAGUGUUUAAUCCAGUUGAGAAGGUGGUCAUUAAACCAGAGAACCUGGAAACUGGUGCUGACAUAAUUGCAUAUACAGCAACUGACCCUGACACGGCAAAAAAUCAGAAAGUGUGGUAUAAAUCGGGCGAUGAUCCAGCUGGAUGGCUGAACGUCAAUAGAGAGAGUGGACUUAUCAAAGUGAGGAGCCCCAUGGAUAGAGAAUCUCCCUUUGUCAAAGGGGGCAGAUACCGGGCCCUCAUCCUGGCCAUUGAUGACGAUGAUGCCCCUGCAACGGGAACCGGGACUCUGCUGAUUGAGCUGGAAGAUGUAAAUGACAACGCUCCCACAAUCGAGGAGAGGGCGAUCACGAUCUGUAACCAAGAAUCUCACACUGUGACACUGUCCGUCAUCGACCGAGACGGGCCUGGAUUCACCUCCCCUUUCCGGGUGGAACUACAGGGAACGAGCGCGAACAACUGGACCGCUCGCAUGAAUGACGCAAAGACGGGCAUAAUACUUGGACUGAGAACCUAUUUGGAAGAGAAUGACUACACUGUUAUCCUCCGCGUAUUUGAUAGCCAGGGACUGUUCCAGGACAACACCAUUACUGCCACUCCUCAGCACUCUGCAGCUCUUCCAGUGCUGAUGUUUCCACGCUCUUCCAAAGGGCUGAAGAGGCAGAAGAGGGACUGGGUCAUUCCCCCCAUCAACUUCCCAGAGAACGACAGAGGCCCCUUCCCCAAACAGAUGGUGCAGAUCAGAUCCAGCAGGGAUAAGGAAGUGCCGAUGCAUUACAAAAUCACUGGGCCUGGGGCAGAUCAGCCCCCUGUUCAGCUGUUCAAAAUUGACCUAGACUCUGGCUGGCUCAGUGUCACACAGCCUUUGGACCGAGAGACACAAGAUAAAUAUAAACUCUUUGCUCACGCUGAAGCAGUGGGUGAAACUAUUGCGACCGAGGAUCCCAUGGAAAUUAUCGUCUUUGUGAUCGAUCAGAACGACGAGAAACCCAAAUUCACUCAUGAAACCUUUUUUGGCGAGUUAGCUGAAGGAUCCAAAGCAGGUUUUGAAUUCAUGAAGGUGACCGCUGUUGAUCUAGAUGAACCUGGUUCAGCUAAUGCUGACAUUAGAUACAGUAUUGUGAGCCAAGACCCAGAGAGUCCAAAACCAAAUAUGUUCUUUAUUAACACUAUAACUGGAGGGAUCCAACUGAAAUCAGCGGGGCUGGACAGAGAGAACUUUCCUAAAUAUACAUUGGUAAUUAGCGCUGCUGAUAUGGAGGGGGACGGCCUCUCAACCACCUGCAAAGCAAGCAUCACAGUAACCGACAGCAACAACAACGCUCCUCAGUUUGACCCAAAUUCAUACACAGUGACUGUCCCUGAGAAUGCAGUGGGUGCCCUAGUGGUGAAAAUGCCAGUGACUGAUGGGGAUGAACCUCACACACUAGCCUGGUCAACUAAAUACAAGAUUAUUGAAGGAGACAAUGGAGGGUUCUUCAAUGUUACCACUGGACCCAGCAAGCUGGAGGGCAUUAUUACUACAGUCAAGGGCCUUGAUUUUGAGAAGAACGCAAAGUACACCUUGUUGGUCACCGUGGAGAACGAUGCCCCUUUUGUCACCAAUCUGCCCACCUCCACUGCCACAGUUAUUGUGAACGUGGAGGAUGUGAACGAGGCCCCAGUGUUUAAUCCAGUUGAGAAGGUGGUCAUUAAACCAGAGAACCUGGAAACUGGUGCUGACAUAAUUGCAUAUACAGCAACUGACCCUGACACGGCAAAAAAUCAGAAAGUGUGGUAUAAAUCGGGCGAUGAUCCAGCUGGAUGGCUGAACGUCAAUAGAGAGACUGGACUUAUCAAAGCGAGGAGCCCCAUGGAUAGAGAAUCUCCCUUUGUCAAAGGGGGCAGAUACCGGGCCCUCAUCCUGGCCAUUGAUGAUGAUGAUGUCCCUGCAACGGGAACCGGGACUCUGCUGAUCGAGCUGGAAGAUGUAAAUGACAACGCUCCCACAAUCAAGGAGAGGGAGAUCAUGAUCUUCGCAUUUUCUUUCAUUGUUACCCUUCUGUUUUGA